UGCCCUCGUUCCGUUCCGCCGAGGAAAGGACCCCCAGGGGGCCGGCGCUAGCCUUGCAGGAUGUCGUAUAUGCUGCCGCACUUGCACAACGGCUGGCAGGUGGACCAGGCCAUCCUUUCGGAAGAGGACCGAGUCGUCGUCAUCCGCUUCGGGCACGACUGGGACCCAACCUGCAUGAAAAUGGAUGAAGUCUUGUACAGCAUCGCCGAGAAGGUGAAGAACUUUGCUGUCAUUUACCUGGUGGACAUCACAGAGGUGCCAGACUUCAACAAGAUGUAUGAGCUCUACGACCCCUGCACUGUGAUGUUUUUCUUCAGGAACAAGCACAUCAUGAUAGAUCUGGGCACAGGCAACAACAACAAGAUCAACUGGGCCAUGGAGGACAAGCAGGAGAUGAUUGACAUCAUAGAGACUGUUUACAGAGGAGCCCGCAAGGGCCGGGGUCUGGUGGUGUCACCCAAGGACUACUCCACCAAGUACAGAUACUGACCCUGCCCCAUGCCUGCCCUCCAGGCUGCUCCCCUUCCUCUGCUCUCUCUGUAAAUAUCUUUAUUAAAAGGGAAGCUCCUGCAGGCCCCAGCCUGCUUUGGGUUGUUCAACA